AUGGCGGAAGGCGGUCAAAACAUGCCAGUUGACGGAAAGGAUAAUUGGGAUUCACGGCAAACAUCCCGCGCAAUGUCCCAUCUAUGGAUGUUUCCCUACCCAUUGACGAGCGACAUCACCUCAAAACCGUCUCACAAGUCGAAAAGCCAGAUCAACCUUGGCUCCGUCGAGGAAAUCAAGCCGUCCUUUCCAGCAAUGGUUCAAAACAGGUAUCUGAUGGGGCUUAACUACAGCCUUCCGCUUAUAGUCGUUGUCCUCCUCGGCGUAAUCUCACCAUUUCGUUCCGCGGACGCUUACCUUAUUACCUCACCAGCGACAAAUGACUUUUGGUACAUGGGGAACAAGAAGUCAUUGACAUGGUCAAGCGUCAAUUCUGAUCCCGCGACUUUCUCCGUUGCAAUAACGAACCAGGAUCCCAGUACAUACCCCACUGCACUGAGCACCCUCGUCGUGAAAGGCUUACCAAAAAGAUUGGGCAGAUACGAUAUACCUCCUUCGGCCAUUAAAGGACUCAAGGAAGGCAGUGGUUACCAAAUCAACAUAAUGAGUCCAGAAGGUGGAGCUAUCCUAGCUCAAAGUCCUACUUUCACAAUUUCCCGCGAGGAUGAUGAGUCUGGCGACGGCGGGGCAGAUGAUGACGAGGCCCAGGUAUUGAACUAUGCGGAUCAUCAGGAGGAAGCCCGGACUACGACCAUUCACCAUCACCACGGUGCCCUCAAGGCAAAUAAGGGGAAAGACAACAUGUAUAGAUAUCGAAGACUCGGGAAGACUCAUCCGAAAAGUCACAGACACAAUCAAGCGAGGCCUUACCGCUCCCGCCAAAGGUUCCAGAAAGCCAAGGCCAAAUCAAACACCCUUUACAAUUCAAUCCCAAGGUUUGAUCACUCUAGAGGCGCUUGUUCGCGCAGCCCACGCAACCCUCGGGUUGCAAAGGUCGUAAGAAUUUGA